GAUACCUCUGCGCAGCUCAGCAAAUACAUCGAAGGACAGUAGGAGUGACGCUGUUGCUUUUCAAAGUGGUCCAGUUCCAAAUUCAAAAACUGCUGUUAUUGCAACAUCUACUACUUCAUCCUCCGGAUCCUCUGCUCCAGCUUCCAAAGCGGCGAAAAUUCGCCGCCAGUCGCCCCCACCUGGAGGUGGAAACGUCGGGUUUAUUUCAACCGUGCAACCAAGGACACUGAACUUAUCCGGACAACAGGUUGGGGGCUUCACUGCCGCGACGACCUCUCUGUCGUCUGCAAAACAAUCCGCUGCCGUAACGGUCGCGAGUUCUCCGAACUACAUGAUGCUACACCAAGGUGGUGGAGCAGGGGGUCCUGGUCCUCUUGUUCCUGCCACGACGAUGCACCACCAUCUUCAGACAAGCGCUGGAGGAGGUCUUCCUGGUCCAGGUCCUCAAACUGCGACCACAAGAACCCCCGCUGGGCCGAGGGUUUUGUCUGUGAAUCCACCGCUUGCGCGAAGUCGGGGCGGUGGCGGUGUGGAGCUGAAACAUGAAACUCACUUUCAAGCGACCAUACUAGCACCUGAUCGUGGUCGCGGUUCUUCCACUGGACGACCACAAGCUGUAUCCUCGAUCCCUCCAUCCGGUACGGCGACCUCCAAGGACGUCGGAAGUGGAGGGGUACUGACUGGCUUGUCCAACCGCCUGUCACCCCUAGCCAGUGGAGGUUCUGCAAUGGGUGGUCGUGGUGCGGCCGUUGUUACAUCUACCACUGCAAACGUCAUCGACGUCGCAUGUGACGAAGUUGUGGAAGUACAGGCGCAAGCUGAAGGGGAAGAUCAUGAUUGCGACUGCAGUAGUGGAAAACAAUCUGAGAAUCUUCAUCCGACUCCGGAAAUAGUGGCUGCACAACAAAAUGCUGACCAUGAAGGAAGCAAUGAAGCCCAGGGAGCGGCUAUUGAGCAGCGCGUCAAUGAUCCAUCUGCCAAUAGCACAACUCGGAAUGAUCGACGCAGAAGAACUUCCAGCUCCUACCAGAGCGAGAAUAGUGGUGCAACUGGAAGCGAAGAUGUGCAUCAUGCUGCUGAAACCCACCUUUUGACAGAAAAGCUGCAGCCACUGGUAAAUUUUCUGCACGCGAACCCGAAUUCCUUCACUCUGACCUCCCUCGACUCCGGCACCCUCGUCGAGAUCAAUGAGCAAGUCUAUGAAGUCGGCGAGCUGCUGGGCCAGGGAGCGUACGGGGCGGUGUUUGCAGCUGCAUCGUCGUGCUCUAAGACGACGAAGAAUUCCGCAUCUUCUGCUGCUUCCACAUCAUCUCCUUCUCCCGAAUUACGGAGGUUGCAACAGCAAACCCACUCGCAGCUAUUUCCGUAUGCGGUCAAAGAGAUUAAGGCGGGAAACGGUCUGGGGCUACCGGACAUGACAGUGAAAAAGUUGUUUUAUGAACUCCACUGUCUAGCGUCCGUUCCAAAGCACUUAGCGGGAAAGUCGGCGCCGGGGCUGGUCGGGGCAACAUGUUGGCGAUUGAGUACUACUUAUAUAUUACGAACAACUUUGUUUCAUCAUCUAAUUGUUGCACUAGGGUGAUUUUUCUUUCUCAAGAAGAAGUGCUAUCCAUGCAUGCGCGGUUCAAAGUUCUCCACGCUAGCGCUAAUAUAAUCAUACUCAACCCUUCAUUGCGACUUCUAUCUUGAUAUCACAAAAAUCUCAGCUCCGGACUCCGCUAUCAUUCGUUUCGUGAUGACCCGCGUAAAUGGCCAGCCCCUGGUGGAAUUUUUGCAAGAGGACAAAUGUGCUGCCCGUGAUUCGUCCGCUGUCUCGGCUUGUUCCACAGCAUCUCCUGCCCCAAGGCCGAGCAGCAACAGGAACAAAGAGUCGAAUUCGAAUAGAAUGCCCGACGUGUCUUCUGCAGUCUUUUUCGUAGCGACGCUUUUAUACCAAAUCGCAGAGGUACAGGAGAUUCUGGGCGAAGAGUGUAUCCACCGCGAUGUGAAUACAAGGAACAUUUUGGUGUCUGGUGUAGCAGGUUCUUGUGCAGGUAGUGGAACAGCAGCGUUAACACUGUCAAAUUUGUCUUGCGGCCCUGGGUUGAUGAAGAAUCUUGAAGCUGCGCAAAAAUCCCCGCUAUCUUCUUGUUCGAACACUGCAUUCUCAUCUUCGUCUCACACAACACGACGGAAUAGCCCGGAGCUCCUGCUGCAAAUGAGCGGCGCUCCUAGUCGUCGUGCAGGGGCUUUUCCCGCUGCUUCAGAAAUUGAUCUGACCAAUCUACCAGACGCUGACGUUGACCCUAGCUACACCAGCAGUCCAGACGGGUUGUUUUCCGAGGCAAGCCAGUUGUACCAAACCCCACAGUUGCGGUCGGAUCAGGAUGAAAAAGAGGAGAGCAACCUUACCCCAACCUCCGCUGUAGCUGCAACGCGGAGGAGGAGACGCAACUCAGGCUACGCUUCUUGUUCUAGCGCGAAAACGAGAACGAGUCGAGAAGAGCCCGGGAGUUCAGUGAGGACCGUCAAGCAGCCCCGAAGUUCGAGGAAACUCGGUGGGUAUACCCACGACGAGGAGCUAGAUCCAACGGACACGGCAGAUCAACUACAUGCUCGUGAGGACCAGCAACGAGUAGAGGAAGACAAAUUAUUGCAACAAAACUACCUCCAAUUUUCCAUUGUAGACUAUGGGUCCGCGACCAGUGCCAGAAAAUUCGCUGCAGACAGCGGCUGGGCGAAGUUACCCCCAACGGGGGAAGCGAAGCAAUGGUGCCCUUUUGCCUGGAAAUUGUUGUACGAAUGGAACGAUUUGCAGAAGAAGGGAGUGGAGAGUUGGCUGCGACAGAACAUCAACAACGUCAUGGCUGCCCAUCACGCACCUGCAAGCCACGGCAGGGUAGGAACGGUGCCACGAACUAGCAUGGUAAACGAUUUCUCGUCAGCUGCGGGGGGCUGCGGCAAACCCAAUGAUCUGGAAAGUAGCCGGCGUGGUUUGAACAUUUACAGGAAGCAGCUGGAUAUCUACGCCUAUGGCGUUCUCAAAUGUUACAUCCUCAACUGUUACAUGAUUUGCCAUGCAAAACCACAAUCAGAAUCGAUGCGAUCAAGCUGCUUAGCAUGACAAAUUUGCAAAGCGCUAAACAGCACCGAAAUCUGUGCGGAAUUUGUAAUGCUAGAGGCGCAACCUUCCCCCUUUGACUUUUGCUAUUCUUGCAUUGCAAAUUCGUGUAACAGUUGAGAAUGUAACAGUUGAGAAUCCCAUAACGCCCUCGCAGUGGUUGCAAUGGAGGUAUUUGAUCGGAUUGUGCCAGUCCGAGUGCUUUCGGACGAAGUGGCCGCGCCUUUAUCAAAUGUAAAAAUGUCUGGGUCUGAAAUAUUGCGAGAUUUGUCAUGCUUGUCUGGCAUGACAAAAAAGUUUGUGAUGCGUGUCCAAGAAGAGACCCUUUUUCCUGUCAUGCAAAAACGCAGUUUCUCAUGCGAAAAACGCAACACAAAGAAGCGCAGAUAUUUCUCAUGCUUGGCUGUGCAUUACAGAGCAUUCACCAUUCCCAACACAGCAUUACAAGUUUCCAGACCCAGACAUUUUUACAUUUGAUAGCCUUCUUCGCAGUACAACUACCCAAAAGUAGCUGCUGCACACAGUGGGACGAGGACCACGAAGGGCGGAUCUACGAAUAUUGGCCCUUCACCACAGCUGACUACUAGCACCAGCAAGUCAAGUUUUUUUCCAAGCGGAGCAGGAAAGGGGAAGGCAAGAACUGCUGGAGGUGGAGGAAACCGCAAUGCUAAUGCUUACUCGUGCGCCAGUCCGUUGAAUCCGUAUCCGGGGUCGUUGCUGCAAGGGGGUACUACCGCGUUUCAUCAGGGAAGAAAUGCCACAACUCACGCGCCACCACCGUCGACAAACAUGAUUUCUGCGUCUACUGCGAAUGCUGGUCAUUUACUCCAACAACUCCAGAGGACCAAUAGUCUCAACACGACACAAGCUACGACGACUGCCUCCAAUAAUCGUGGGAAAGAACAAAGAACUGGUCCCCUGGUCUGGGACCUGCAACUCACGACCGACCAUCUUCAUCAGAACUCGACGAUUGUACCCGAUAGUGAUGCUCCUGGUUUAGAGGUGGCCGCCGGUGAAGCUGCUGCGCCAGAAGAUCAACGCUCUAUGAAGAUCUUCCCUGACGACCACAAAUACAAGAACGCUUUAUCAUCGAACAACCGCCUCUCCACCAGCUCCUGCGCGACCCAGAACACGGUAUCAACCUCGGUUCCCAGCAGCAGCAAAAACCGCAGGGCCAGCACCUCCACCGCGGCGACGGCCUCGAAUGUCUCGCUACUUUCCGGGCUUACCGCCCCAACUGCUGCUGAGUCCUCGCAUUCAUCGUUUGCUGCAUCGGCCUCAAAAAAUCAAUACGGAAAUCGACGUUCCGGCGAAUUUGUUGUAGAGCCACAUGCUGACAAGAAUUAUCAGCAGCAAAAAGCCUUCCACAAUCUGCAAAAGUCCUGGUCCACUUACGAGCAAAUCGCGAAGCAGGGCACGGACAAGCUUUUCGCGUAUUCCAAAGCCUGCGUCGAAGAGCCCGGGAAGGUGUCUAUGCAUUGCAAAAGUAUCGUGUUAGUAGUAAAGUAAUAGUAAUUGCAUUACAAAUUAGCUCAGCAUGACAAACGGAACUUGUCAUGCGGCUUUAGCUUGAAAAAGAAAUUUGUCUUGCAUGGCUGCGAUUAGUACGAGCGCACUGCUUUUGCACAGGAUAGUGCUUCGGCAGUCGCAACUUUGGCAGGAGUUGAUGCAAUUUCGGAUGCCGGAGAGAUUGGAAAAGGGGUUGCAUGCAUUGGAAAGAGAUUUGGGGGGAGUGAUUGCGGUGUUUAAGAAGGAAACCAGCAGGCUGGAAAGUAGUGCAAGUUGUUCGUCUUCAUCUUCCUCUUCCGCCAAGGGUUCCUCCUCUUCUCACGCUCGCCAAACGCAAGAAAUAAGAACUGGCAACAACAAGCCCAACGCAGUAGUUCCGGGGCAACGGCAACCUGCUUUGUACCAGAAAACUAACGUCGUGCAGCCGCUCGGACAGUUUUUGCAGCAGAACCGAGUCGGUACAACUGCUGGUUGUGGACCUUCACCUUCUUCGUUGCUGUUUCAGCAAAACUCUGCUUCGCACUCUACUGCUGGUGAACAACAAGAGGGUGAUCGCCAGCAAGCUGGAACUGACCCUAACGAAACGGAAAGCUCGAGCCGAGAACAGAUAGUACCGGGCGGCGCUAGUGUUAGUGCUAGAAUCACAGAGGAGCUACAGAACAUCGCCGAUUUUUUCGCCUUGAUUCGCUCCAUGAUGGUCUCCGCAAACACGACCUGGAGUGACGUGAAGGUAAAGGCUGCUGAAAUCAUUCUUUUGGUUGAACAAUGUGAAGCACAAGAAACAACAAGUAUCUUCGCAGCUGCGGGUGAAGAUGAGGAACAGGAGCAGGAGUCGCAGUCAAUAAAAAACAGCGGCGACGAGGGCGUGGAUUUUGUCGAAGGUGAAGCGAGAGAGUAUGAUUGCAAAGCACAAUCACACCCACCUUCGGCUUCAGCCAGUCGAGAUCAGGGAAACCAAACUCCAACACGAACACCUUCAUCGGCUGCAAAUGAAGCUGUCCUCGCUUCCGCAGCUACAGCUCCGCAGGAGGGCACGACCUGCGUUUUUGCAGCGAAGAAGGAACUUCACUUCACACCCGAUACUACGAUCCAAGAACCGCAAAAACAGAACUUGCAAGUAGAAAUACUUGAUCCGACAGCACUCCAAGAAGGAAGCACCACGGCGAACGAGGAGAGCGACGCUGGCAAUGCAACUACGAUUCCAACCCGCCUUCCUGCGGUAAUGAAGCAGGUCGUCGGAGAGGCGCGUGGCUCAACAACUUCCACCCCACCAUCAACAGCCGUCUGCUACACCCUUGACGAGAUGGCUGCAGCUGCACGAGGGAAAACGCCAGCAGAUGGUGCAUCUGGAAUUCUCACUGCGGAAGUACAUGAGCAGCGCCAGCACUCCUCCUCCCAGCAGUCCUCACACGAGCCGCAUCAAGCAGUGGAAAGAAGUUUUAGUGGCAGCUCCAGUGCUCACGACCAAAUACUGAACACUUCCCACGGGUCGUCGCUGAGUUCUAGUUUAUCCCUGUCGGCAUCCUCCAAUCCUGCACGACGUGCGGUAACUAGACAGAAAGACGAAACCGAAUACGAAGAGCUUGAACGGCUGCGGCGGAAUGCGAGGAGGAGGACGAAUUUAACGGUGGAGAAAGGAGUCGGACAGGUGUCGGUUGAAGGAGAUGGGGCUACGCCGUCAGCAACAGGAAUGGCAGACGCUGGACGACAAGUUGUGGAAAGACAACCGACACCGAAGCUCCUGUCCGGCGUCACUGACGAAAGUGCUGUCGGCAGGAAAGCAACGGGAGGAGGCGCAAAUUGUAGUUCUACCGGAACAGCAGGCGUUGCUGGAGCCGGGAGCAAACAUGUGCGUGUAAACAAAACGGCUGAAGCGGGUUGUACCAGUUCAGGAGCAUCGGUCGUGGUUCAGCGGCAGUCCGGGAUCGCGGCGGGAGAUGGUACAACUCGCGGUGGGGGUGCAGCCGCAGCUACGGUUCGUUCCAAUAACAGCAAAACGCGCGGAGAGCAGCUGCACGGGGUAGUUGGAGGGAAUAAGACUACCGGGUCUGUUGUGGCCAAACCGAGAGAGGUGGCCACCAAUCCGGGAAAGGUUUGGAGGAUGAAGUGAGGCAAUGCGCUUAUGCGACAGUAGAUGAAAAGAUACAACGCAUGCGCAUCAUUGAACAAAAGCGCAAGCUUUUGACUUCUGCGCGAUGGACGGCAUGUACAUGAUAGUAAAACAAUGUGCAAAAUAAACGACGAAACUCGCGAUGGACGACAUGAGAGUAAAACCAUGUGCAAAAAAAACGACGAAGCUCAAUCAGAAAACAAACUAAGCAC